AUGAGUUCUGUCGAUGAUUUUAUCCAUGAUGAAAGCGUUACCAACCAGUGUGUGGACAUGGAAAUGACUCUCAAUGACCAACUCAAUGAGAAGGUUCGAAAGCUAAGUGACUGUGAGCCACAGACGAUGGGUGUCUAUCUCCGGAUCAGGCCUUUCUCUAAAGAGGAGCUCAGCAAUUGGGAAGACCAGGAGUGUGUAGUGAUUGAAGAUGAACAGACUGUGACCCUCAAUGCACCAAAGGGCUCUGCCACCAUGAAGAGCAGUGAGAAGGGGAUUGGCCUGUCCAUCCACAAGUUUUCAUUCACUCAACACAUCAGCGGUCACCAGUACGAAGCCAUGGAUGUGAAACCUUAUUUACGGAAUGAUGCGCAGUUUCUUACUUCAGAGCAAGUCAAGCAGGAGAAGGGCAUUAAGGCUUCUGUUUUUGCUUCUUGUAAAGAGGACACGGACUGUUCAAGAGGCAGCGACGGAAGCAGAGACUCUUGCUGUUCCACACUUGAAACAGUGGUAGCAGAAGCCUCGGGGAACAUCGAUGGUCAGUUCGCCUUAUGGGUCGCAUUCUUUGAAAUCUACAAUGAGUCUGUGUUCGACUUACUCCAGCCUUCUCUCUGCUGUAAGUCCAAGAGGAGGGCUGUUCUCAGAGUGUUUUCUCUGUGUGACCUGGCCGGCUCUGAGAGGUGCAACAAGACAAAGACUUUUGGGGAAAGACUCAAAGAAGCUGCGAACAUCAACAACUCUCUGCUCAUCCUGGGGAAAUGCAUCACAGCUCUGCGCAACAAUCAGAGUGACCGAUCAAAAGGCUGCGUUCCGUUCAGGGAGAGCAAGCUCACAAAGCUCUUCCAGUCUUUCUUCUGUGGCAAAGGAAAAGCCUCCAUGAUUGUGAACAUCAACCAGUGCGCCUCCACCUACGACGAGACCCUCCAUGUCAUGAAGUUCUCUGCUGUGGCCAAACAGGUGGUGCAGGUGAUGCCAGAGCGCGAUGGGAGGACUCUUCUGCGUCCCAGUGCAGACGUCCCAGUGACGGAGGGUUAUCUCCCUGAGGAGGAGCUGCUGGAUGAUGUCUUUCUGAUGCCACAAGAUGAACUUCGCAGUGUGGUUGAGAAUCUAAAGGCUCUGUUAUUGGCUGAACGUCGGAAAAAUCUAGUUCAGGAAAUGGAAAUUCGCAGCGAGAUGGGAGACGCCAUGAUGCAACAGAUCCUGGAGAGCGAAGAGCUGCGCAGCCGCCAGAUUGAAGAACUAAAGGAAAGCUACCAGGAGAAACUGGAGAACACUUUUGAGAUGUACAAAAAUGCUAUCAAAGAACAUGCGUAUCAGAGCGCCAUGAGGAACCUGGAGGAUGACUAUGUCCCUUUGGAUAAGUUCACAGCCGAACAGGAGAAGGUGGAGGAGCUGAAGCGUCAGCUGAAAAGUGUUACAGGACGAUCAUUUGAAACGACAGAUCAGUCGACUCAGACCAGUUCACCCAAAGAGACAGAAGCAGCAGAGGAGAGGUGCAAGAGGCUUUACAAGGAAAAGUCUGCUUUGGAAUCUAUAUGUGAGAGCAAACAAGAGUUGAUUUUGUCUUUGGAGAAGAGUCUCAAAGAUCUCACCGAGGGGCACCAAUGGCUCACGAAAAGCCUUACAGAAAAAUCCCGGGAGGCAGAAACGGUGAAGAGCAAAGCUGAAGACAUGUUCAAAUCUCUGGAGGAGGUCUUGCUGCAGAACAGUGAAAAGGACAAAGAAAUUGAGUUUCUUAGAGGAGAGCUGGAGAAGACCAUGAUCUCAAUCCCCAUGAAGCCCAAACGCAGCCUCUUCGCCAACAUCAAAGACUCCUGCUCUCCUCGCACCCUGAGGAACAAGCCUGCCAAAACCUGA